AUGCAUGGACUUGGACCUGCACGGUCUCGAAAUGUGAAAAAUGUUGCAACAUGGUUCGAGGACAACCUCGGGGCAAUCACGCACAACGAAAGGCAAUUCGUCGAGCAUCGUCAGGAGCUCCUCUCUAUACGACGAUCUAAAUCACUAGUCAGACAGUGGUUCGAAGAUCACAUCGUGUUCCCAGCACAGGGAAGGCUCUCAUUGUUUCGGAAAAGUCCACCAGCCGCCAUGGGCGCGCAGGACCGGGCGACAGUGUACAUGAUCAGCGAUGAUGCGAUCGAUGUCGUUGCUUCUCUUGCACUCUUUGUCGUUGCUGCUACGAUGCUGGUGUUGCCACUUUGGAUACUCCAGACCCUCCAGGAGGUGAAGUUAAAAUUGGCGGUCAUUUCAGUGUUCGCGAUUUCAUGUCUCGCUUUUCUCAAUAUUGCUACCGUUGGCCGGCCCUUUGAAAGGUUAGCAGCCACUGCUGGGUAG